GAAACAAACAAAUAUAUAAUUAAAUAACAUAAAAGUGAACUCCUAAUCGGAGUUUACUUUUGUUAUUUAUUUAUAUAUUUGUUUGUGAGGAAAUAAAAUAAAACAAAGGUAAUAUGGGGAUGUCUAAAAGUGUCAUGGUCAUUGUAUCUCUCGUUCUGGUAGUGUUCUUGGCUCUUGCAGCCACGAAGACUGAGGCAUCAGUAAAAAAAUACAUAGAUUACGGUGCUUUUACAAAUGAUGAAAUAAAUUGUGACAAAGCGCACAAAGCUAACUGCAAGAAGAAGGAAGUAAAAAAUCCUUACACGAGAGGAUGCUACAAGACCCAUCGUUGCCGCCCCGAGAGCAUAUAUAUAUAAUAUAACAUCAAAUUUGUUUCCCUAAUCAUAAAGAAUGUUUUGACAGCCUUCUGAUUGGUUAGUGGUUAUCUAUCUUUAUAUAUGUACACAUGACAUCCUCAUAUUACCCUUGUUAACUGCAAUUAUUUGCAGUCUAUUUUCUUGGUUCUGUAAUUAAUUGUAACUCAGAUGAUGUUAUAAUUAAUCACUUAUUUUACAAUA